AGAAGUCUUUUGAAAGAGCUGGGUAUAAAUGGAAAGGAGUACAACUUAAAUAUGCAGUGGUUUGGAGGAAGAACUGCCCAGGAGGCCGCCACAGUAGUCAAUCUCGAAAUCAGCGGAAAGGGAUUACGUAAGCGUCACAGGUUACGUCGCGUCUUUGUUUUGCCGAACCUAAAUCUGCCAGUGCAAAGUCUGGAUAGCAAUGACUUACGCGGAUUGGUUUCCCGCGAAUUGCCAAACAUGCCUACCCCGUUCUCCAACGCCACUCCGAUGGUACUCAUUGGGCUAGAUCAUUGCCGCUUAGGUUUGCCAUCCGUCACAAUGCAGCUCGAAGAUAGAGGGCCAUAUGCAGCCAACACGGAGCUCGGCUGGGUAGUUUUUGGGCCGACUGGACAGAGAGUAGCGCCGAAUGCAGCGUGUUUACUUGUCAAGGAGGUGAGUGAUUUGCAUAAUUUAGUCCAAGAAUAUUUUGAUAUCGAAAGUUUCGGGGUGCGACCCGCGCCAGCAUUAAAAAGUCAUGCAGAUGCCCGCGCUGAACGCGUACUUAAGCAAACGACGAUUCGUGUUAAUGGUAAAUUUCAGACUGGGCUUCUUUGGAAGAGCGACUUUGUCAAAUUGCCAGACAGUUACCGGAUGGCCGAGAGUAGAUUAUUCGGCAUCGAGAGAAAACUUAAAAGAGAUCGAGUAUUUGCCGCGACCUAUAAAGGACUAAUAGAGCGCUACAUUGAGAAAGGGUAUGCGCGAAAGUUGACACCCGCUGAAAGGGAGACAAAAAGUACAAGGUUGUGGUACCUGCCCCAUUUCGCGGUGGUAAAUCCUAAUAAGCCAGGGAAAUUGCGUCUUGUGUUCGAUGCGGCCGCCUCUGUCGGGGGCGUUUCACUCAACUCAUGCUUACUUAAAGGGCCGCAGGAAUAUCAGCCCAUGCCUUCCGUGCUUUUUAAUUUUCGUGUAGGAUCAGUCGGUGUAUGUGGAGACAUAGCCGAGAUGUUCCACCAAAUCUACGUUCGGCCCGAAGAUAGAUGCUCGCAGAGGUUCUUAUGGAGGGAGGACGAUAAAAAUUUACCGGAAAUUUACGAGAUGCAGGUUAUGACUUUCGGUGCGGCCUGCUCCCCGUGUGCAGCACACUUUGUAAAGACGUCAAACGCAAUGGAGUAUGCAGAUCGUUUUCCUCGCGCCGUGGAGUCCAUAGUGAAGCACCACUAUGUUGACGACUUUGUCGACAGCUUCGAGUCGGAGGAGCAGGCAGUAAGUGUAGCUAAGCAGGUGUCCAAAAUACACGAAGCAGCUGGAUUCCAGAUGCGUGGGUAUAUAUCCAAUUCUUUAGCUGUAAUGGAAGAACUAGGCGGCGUUGCGGAAGCAAGCAACACGAGAAGCAGCUAUUUCGACGCAAAGAACCCUUCCACCGAAAAAGUCCUUGGAAUGUUUUGGUCCCCACAAGAUGAUAGCUUCAGAUACAAGCUGAGUUUCCCACGGCUUGAAACAGAAGUCAUUAGUGGUAGCAGGCCGCCAACAAAACGAGAAGUACUUAGCUAUGUGAUGUCGAUUUUCGACCCAUUGGGAUUUUUGAGCCAUCUGGUAGUUGGAGCCAAGCUAAUAAUGCGAGAAGUAUGGAGGCGCAAGACCACUUGGGACGAGCCGCUGCACGAUGACGUCACCGCUGCUUGGAGAAAUUGGCGGAAAGAGGUAUGCAAAACAGCUGCGGUAAGAAUUCCACGUUUCUACUUCACCGAAAGUGCGCCAAAAAACUUGGAGUUGCACGUUUUUGUAGACGCUAGCGAGGAGGCCUUUGCUGCAGUAUGUUAUUGGAGAUAUGUGUCUGCUGGCGGGAGCAUCCAAGUUUCGCUUGUAUGCGCGAAAUCCAAAUGCGCGCCAAUGAAACUAAUGACUAUACCCCGGCUCGAGCUCCAAGCGGCUGUUCUUGGAACGCGCUUGUCUCAAACAAUACUCGACGAACAUCGCCUUGAAGUCUCCUCGCGUGUCCUAUGGAGUGACUCAUCAACUGUCAUUAGUUGGAUCAAUUCCAAGCACCGGCAAUAUAAGCCGUUCGUCGCGCACCGUAUAGCGGAGAUUCUCUCAACAACUCACCCGAGUGAUUGGAGAUGGCUUCCUACUAACGAAAAUGUCGCCGAUGCUGCAACACGCAGAACGUCUCAAAUAGAUAUUAAUCCGUCAACGCGCUGGUUCUCAGGCCCAAAGUUUUUAUCCAUGACUGUCGAAUCGUGGCCGCAUAUGCCGAUCACUGUGAACAGCCAUCAUGAUAGUGACGAAGAGAUUCGCACAAAACAAAUUUUUCUUACAAAUAACACAAAUUUAAUUGAUAUUAAUCGCUUUUCCUCAUAUACCAGGUUGAAGAGAACUACGGCCUGGAUGUUAAGAUUCAUAGAUCGCAGUCGUGGUAGACGUUCCGGUGGCGGUGAGUUUGGAUUAACAUCAGGUGAACUAGAUGCAGCAGAAACGUAUCUAUGCAGGCAAGCUCAGUCUGCGGUAUACGCUAUGGAGUUGAAACAACUACAAGGUGGACAAAUCGUGCCAAAUGAAAGUCCAAUAUUUAGUUUGCUACCGUACUUGGAUACUAAUUCGGUCAUAAGAGUUGGUGGUAGGAUCCAAGCCGCCAGCUGGUUACCACUAGAAGCCAUACAUCCAAUCGCCCUGCCACCGAAACAUCGUAUCACUGUGCUGAUUGUCGCGUUUUACCACCGAAAAAUGAAGCAUCAGAACAUAGAAGCGACAAUUGGAGAAGUCAGACAAAAAUUCUGGGUUGUCAACAUAAGGCAGGUCUUGCGAAAGGUUAUAAAUGACUGUAUGAUAUGUAGAAUUGCACGCUCUAAGCCAGUCACGCCAAUUAUGGGUCCUCUUCCUGAGGACAGAUUGACGCCGUACAUCAGACCGUUCAGCUACACUGGCUUGGACUACUUCGGUCCUCUAAAGGUUACAAUUGGUCGACGCACUGAGAAGCGGUGGGUAGCCCUUUUCACCUGCCUCACGAUCCGUGCGAUACAUUUGGAGGUGGCUUAUGAUUUAUCCACCGACUCCUGCAUCCUAGCCAUCAGGAACUUUAUCAAUCGGCGCGGUGUACCUGUAAGAUUGAGGAGUGACAACGGUAAGAACUUCGUUGGCGCUGAUCAAGAGGCGAAACGGUUUGACGAGGUAUUCGACUGCGAGCGUGUGAGCGACGAGCUAUCAACGAAAGGCGUUGAAUGGAUAUUCAAUUGUCCACACAACCCAUCGGAAGGCGGUAUAUGGGAGAGAAUGGUACGUUGCGUCAAACGUGUGUUAAGUCACACACUGAAAGAAGUCGCUCCUCGCGAACAUACCUUACAAAGCGUAAUCAUAGAGGCAGAAAAUAUUGUUAAUUCGCGGCCUCUCACUCAUCUACCGAUCUCAGUAGAUCAAGAAGAGCCGCUAACCCCAAACCAUUUUCUCUUGGGGUCGGCUAAUACGAUGCAAACGCCUUGUAUAGGACAUCCAGAUGAGAAGACGUGUACGUUGCGGAAACAAUGGCGAAUUUCACGCCAGUUGCGCGAUCGGUUUUGGAAACGUUGGGUGGUGGAGUAUUUGCCCACUUUGACAAGGCGAGAUAAGUGGUGCACGUCGUCGAAGGCGUUGAGUGUGGGCGAUAUCGUUUUCAUUUGCGAUCCGAAUAUGCCAAGGCGACAGUGGUGCCGCGGUGUAGUUGAGAGUGUCUACCGGGGUGCAGAUGGUGAGAUAAGAAGGGCGGAUGUCAGAACAAGCACAGGGGUGCUUCGACGUCCAACAUCAAAGCUGGCCGUUUUAAACGUAGACUCUAGUGAAGACUAGCGUUUCACGGGGGUGGGGGUGUAACAAAACGCCCAUCCCUAUUUUCGUUUAUCAUAAUC